ACGGCCGCAGCGCGCAGGCGCGGUUCCCCGCUGCCGGCGGCGUGUGUUCGUUUUUCCCAGGGCUCCCGGCAUCCCGGAAGUUGGACCGCGGGCUCUUCACAGUCAACCUCCGGCCAGGGUUCGCCGUGUGCUUCGCUUCCUAGUCCCGCAGUCAUCAGCUCCCCGGGCCGCUGCUCUAAGUCCGCAGGUCUCCGCCGGCGACAGACCCAUGGCCGAGCGCGGAGAACUCGACCUAACUGGCGCCAAACAGAACACCGGAGUGUGGCUGGUCAAGGUUCCUAAAUAUUUGUCGCAGCAAUGGGCUAAAGCCCCUGGAAGAGGUGAAGUUGGGAAGCUGAGGAUUGCCAAAAAUCAAGGAAGGACCGAGGUUUCAUUUACUUUGAAUGAGGAUCUUGCAAAUAUUCAUGAUAUUGGUGGAAAACCGGCUUCAGUCAGUGCUCCUAGAGAACAUCCAUUUGUCUUACAAAGUGUCGGAGGACAGACAUUAACCGUGUUCACUGAGAGCUCCUCAGAUAAGCUUUCACUGGAAGGAAUAGUGGUACAAAGAGCUGAAUGCCGACCUGCUGCCAAUGAAAACUACAUGAGGUUAAAGAGAUUGCAAAUAGAAGAAUCUUCCAAACCUGUAAGGCUAUCACAGCAGCUGGACAAAGUCGUGACAACCAAUUACAAACCUGUUGCUAAUCAUCAAUACAAUAUUGAAUAUGAAAGGAAAAAGAAAGAAGAUGGAAAGCGAGCCCGAGCUGAUAAACAACACGUUUUGGACAUGCUGUUUUCAGCUUUUGAGAAACAUCAGUAUUAUAAUCUGAAGGACUUGGUGGACAUCACAAAACAGCCUGUGCUCAGCAGGGGAAUUGAUCCCAGAGGCUACACCUGUUGGCAGAAAACCUUGCGGUGCCUGCCUGGCUGGCCACCUCCAGUUCUGCGUUGCAACAGAGAGCGUUCCUUCUAGCAUGUGCCAAGAUGGAUAUUCUAAUUCCAUCAUAUUUUCCAGUCCGUAUGGACUGAUCCAAAGAGCUUGCCACUGUUAAUUGGAAAUUUUACUUUACCCACGGUAAUUUGGUAAUAAAAACUGGUGUUAUCUUAAUUUGUUGUCAGCUAGAGAGGUCUUUUUUUCCUCAUCAAUUUAAAACCUUGUUUUCAGUACAAUUGUAUUUUUUUUAAGUUACAGUUCAGUGGAUUUUCAUAUAUUCACAUAGUUGUACAACCACUGCCACAACCAAUUUUAGAACAUUUUAGUCACCCCUCACAGAAACUGUACCUGUUAACAAUUUCUCCUGUGCACCCACCCCCCUCCCCAGCCCUAGCAAACCACUGAUCUCCGCUAGGUCUCUAAAGAUUUGCCUGGUCUGGACAUUUUCAUAUGAGUGGGAUCAUAUGAUAUGUGGCCUCUUAUGACUGACUUCUUUGAUUUAGGGAUAAUGUUUUCUCAAGUUUCAUCCAUGUUGUAUCACGUAUCAGUAUUUUCUUCUUUUUUAUUGCCAGAUACAUACCAUUAUAUGAGUAUACAGCGAUUUGUUUAUCCACUCACCCAUAGAUAGUUGUUUCCUCUUUUUGGCUUCUGUAAUAAGGCUGAUAUGAACAUUAUGUACAAGUUAUUGUGUGAACAUAUUUUUUAUUUCCCUUGAGAGUUGAACUGCUGGGUCACAUGGUAAACUGCCCGAUUGUCAUCAAUUAUUUUUUAAUCCUUAGGCAGCAAGUGCUUUUAUAUACUGUUGCAUUAGAGUAAAACUUUACUGUUUAUUCUGUAUAUUUUAAGGGUGAAUAAUGCCUCAUCAUCUAGCUAAUUUUCUAAAAAUUGUCUGUGGUAAAAUAAAUACCUAAAGACUCUCUUGCUUGCCAUUUAAUUUCUAGCAUUGUUUUCAGAUGGACUAAUAAUGACUAUGUCAAUUGACAUCUUAUUCUUUGUACAAUCUAAACUACACGUCAGUCAGUCACCAACACAACAUUGUAAAGCAAUUUUCCUCCAAUUAAAAAAUAAAAAUAGCUAAACUACUCAUCACACCAAAUGCACUGGUAGGUUGUUUCUGUAGUUCUAAAUGCGAGAAUUCAUAUUUAUAUUUCAGUAGGAAUUUUUUUCAUCUUUAUCUAGUUUUGAAUAUCUUUUGAUUGUAUUUUUCUAACUAACGUUUUUAACAUUAACUAUGUCUGGCGUGCUGCGAUUCAUGGGGUCGCAAAGAGUCGGACACAACUGAGCGACUGAUCUGAUCUGAUCUGAUCUGAUAUGUAUAUAUGUAUGUUUCUCCCCCAGUUGGUAGCCAUAAUAUCCAAGCCUUGGAAUAUUUUGCAGUAUUCCAAGGUUAAGUUAUGUUUAGCAUACAAAUAAACUAAUACAAUUUAGAAAGCAUGUCUUUAAACAUAGUUAAAAUUCAAAGUUGGCCCAAAGGAAGUAAACUUUAUCUGAAAUAUGUAAGCAUAUGAGUCACUUGCCACCGCUGGACAGAUGAAGUGUUACUGAAAGUAAGAUGAUUUACCAGCAUAUAGAUGUUAAUGCAGCAAUAAAUUUCUUUUUUUAGAGUUUGGACUAAGGGGGGAGGGCUGUGGGGUGGGUAGGGUUUAUGGCUUGACCAUUUCAUUACCCGUCAUCUCUGUACUCCUUAGAGUUUUUACAAAGGGAGGAAUGCAGCCUGUGGGACCCUGAGAGGAAAACAGGGCAGAGACUAGUAUAAAAAUAGAGACGAAACCAGCAGGAAAGGGGGAGAAAAAUGCUGAGGUGGCGCGGGUUCCAGAGAAGCCCUCAGCAACGUCUUCCCUCCCCCGUUCAGGGUUUUCUCUAAAAGAGAGAAAACAUAGGUUGCCUUUGUUCACAGCUUAUGCAUAAUAUGUAGUUUGUUUAAUUUUUUUUUUUAAUGAAAGAAUGUUGUGCCUUGGAGCCACUAACAUCUUCAUCAGUAAGUCCUCUGUUCUGUCAACGUUGCUUACAGGAGUCACAGUCAAUCAUACAAAAUCACAUAAAUAUGAAGUGAUACUUUGAAAUGAUCACAGAACUGAUCAUGGAUGCCCUUGCCACUGGGUCAGUGUAUAGAAAGCGUAUAAGCAGUUUCCCUUUGGUGACUGUUAACCAGUGCCAUCUUUUGGUGUAGAUUUAUGUAAUACACAUUCACUCCAGCCUUUGGGGACUGUUUUGUGACGAGAAGUCUAGUAAGGUAGUAUUUUUAUCUUACCUAAAAGCAUUAUUAUUUGGUGAUCAGCUUUCUGUCAAAGAUUUUUUUUUUUUAAAUCAACUUUUAGGAAUUAGGUAUAAUUAAUUCAUUAUUAUCUGUGGUAAUGCUUAACACUAAACUUUAUAAUGAGAUGAAACAGAUAAAUCCUCCAUUUGCAGUAGAGGAAAAGAUGAUAUGAAAAAUGGCAGGGGUGGAAGGUGAUAAGGAGAGUGAAGAAGAGAAGCUAAAAUAGGCUACCGUGACUAGGUGUGUGCCUUGUGACUAGGCUUGUCUUGAUCUUGGGGGAGAAAUCAGGAAUUUGAUGUGUGAAUUUCCAGCCUUUUGGCCACCACAGUUUCGUCUUGAUCCACAAAUGCAUAGCACAUCCUCCUCAGUAGACUUCUGGGCUCCAGAAUGUGCCUUGCCUUCCCUUGCAAGGAGGCUGUAAUGUUCUCUCCCUUUUUUCUCUGCAUUCAGACUUGCAGUAAAUACGCCCCCACACAUUCUCUUUGAUGAAGAUUUGCUGGACUUGAGCCAGUUUAUUAUUUCAGCUCUUGUUCCGCCAAACUGCCCAUAGUGGGUAAUGAGAAAUCUUUCCAGUCCUAUGUGACAUAAAGGUGAUCUUCUCAGUUCUAGACUCCUUUGUUUAAAAUACAAGUGGUUAGGCAAAAGAUUAAAUUGCAGAAUCAGUGUUUAGGGCUAUUUAAUGCUAAGAGGAGAACUAGUCCCCCUUGGUCUCCACACAGAAUUGCCGUUUAGUUCAAAUGAUCAAAUAUCCCUCCUCAAAGAACCUAGCAUCUUGGCUCCAGUCCCUCUCCAGUGCUCCCAUGAUGUCCUACAUAUGUGUCCUUGUUCCUGAGCUUCUGUUUUACUUUAUGGUUGCCUGCUUACAUGCCCUUGCUUCCCCCGUACACACCCGGACCUUAAGCUGUGAACUCUGAGAAUGAAAACAGACUGUAUGCCACUCAGCCUGGUGCUCAGAUAAAUCUAAGUGUGAAGAUGCACAUUUUUUUAAAAGGCAAGUCCAAUUACCAAUUGAUCUUCUGUCCUGCUAAAACCUUUAAAUAUUUCCACCCCAGUUAGCUUUGUCUCAAUAAUGUUUUAGCACCACAAUACAAAUGUUAGUAGUAAAUUCAGAUUCAGGUAAUACAGUUUUACCAAUUUUUAUUUCUCAAACAGGGUCAUUGCUCUAUGUGGUAGUGAGACGAGAAAGGACAACAGAGCUAGCAGAGUUUAUUCCCUUGGGCCUUCUAAGUGAUCUCCCCCAACAACCACCACCCCGCUGCAAGAGCUAAACCCUCCUCAUCCCUCUCUCAACUCUGAAGCAUACCCGAUUCAUUCAGCAUUCGUGUGCCCCGUGCCUCUGACGUGCAGUCAGGCCCUGCGGUGGCCGCACGGGGUUUGAUGGGAGAGACAGGCGUGCACACAGAGAGCUCUGAUGCUGUGAGGGCUCUCGCUGGAAGUUCACACCACAUGAAGUGUAGAUCUGAGAGGUGGGACCAUUGGGGAAGUUUCCUCCAAGAAAGUGACAUUUGCACCAAGUCUAAAAGGGUGAGGAGUUCUGAUCUGAAGGAAGAGGAUAAGCCUUACAGGGAAAGCAAAGGGCGGGGAACAAGAGCGUGCAGGCACAGAAAUGGCCAGUGCCCGGCCAGGAGGUACUAGAGGAUGAGGCCAAAGGGAAAAGACAGACCUGGGUGGAUGCCUGCAGGAGAGUUUGGAAUUUAACCUGGAGGCCAAAGGGGAAGUCAGAGAAAAUUUUAAACAAAGAAAUGACAUAAUCUCACUGUUCUUUACUUGUGUCCUUCCUUCUAGGAUUUUCUGACCUUGUUUUUCUCUAUUGUCACUACUACUUUCUCUGCUAAUGCUUUGUGCCAAGUUAAUUCAACUGGUUCUAGUAGAGUGGUCUUAGGUUUGGGAUUUGGAACAUUGUCAAACUUCCGAAGUUUGCCCCUUCUCCCACCCCAGAAAAGAAUUCUGUACCAUGACCCUAAUCGCAUCUUGUUAACUGACAAAUUAAUGGACCCCUGACUAUGUCUUGGCAUUCUUGUUGAAAAAAAAAAAAAAGUGACAUCUUUAUAUUAAAAAAAAAAAUACUCCUUAACUUUAUUAUACUAAUGCAAUAAAAUGAGAGUGAAGGCAACUGACUUUGUACACUUAAGACACUCAGUAUUUUGUGUUUAGCCCUCUCUAGGCUUUUCAUCUUCUGUGCCCGGGUUAUGUACACGGGCAUGGUAGGCUUGAGGAGAAGACUGUCUGUCUGGCAGCCACAGUGCUCCUGGCACUGCUCUCUUCAUUUUUGAGCCUCACUGUGUCCCCAGUUGUAUGCUUGUUUGCACCCAGGGUCUAGCCAUUCGCACAAUAAACCGUUCUUUCAAAUUUUACAAAGAAAUCAUUCAUGGCACCCAAACUGAAAACCGAAGCCCAUCCCGUCAUUUUCCAUUUAUGAAUCCUGUUUAACUAGAAAGUCGUUUAUGAACAGUGUCCCAUGUUUUCUAUGCAAUCUGAAGUAGCAGAUGGCAGGCGUGCAUAUUACCUGGUUGCCGGAAGCCUACUUCAGUAACUCGCUGACUCAUUUACACGGGUCCCUCAUUGGAGCCAGCUACAGAAGGCGUGGGAGGCAGGCAGGCAGGCGGGCCUCCUCCUGGGGAAACCCGGGCCUCCACCGAUUCAUUGCUGCCACCUGCUGGGGUGGGGAAGCUGCUCAAGUGAGAGCUGAGCCAUCCGGGCCGCUUGAGAGACCUGUAUGUGGUUCCAGUGCUAACCAGGGACCCCUAAAUAAAAGUUGAAACUGUAGACCAGUGCACCCGUCAGUGUAAGGUGGUGUUCGAUGGUGUCGGUUAACACACACUCUCUAGCAACCGUGAGGCUCAGAAAACUAAAUAACACUCAAGGACCCCAAGAUCCCAGAGCAUUAGAGCCAGAAGAAGCUUUUGAGCACUUGCUCUGGACUUUAGUUCAGUCAGGCUCCAGGGGGCUUGUGAAAUGCAGUUUCCCAAGCCUGGCGCCAGAGAUUUAAUGGACUCAACCUACAGCAGCGUUUAGUUCACAGGCCCCCAUGAAGUUCUGAUGCAGGUAGUCUAGCAUCACACUUGAGAAAGGCACCGCCUUCAACAUUAUCAAGCCGUUUUCAGCCAUUUUUUAAAAUUAGUGCCUCAUUUCCAUAAAUUACAAAAUUUACAUCCUAUUACAUCUUCCAUCAAUGGGAUGAGUCACUGUAAUGUACCUGUAACUUGUUCUAUGAAGCAUACACACAAAAAUUCUUGUUUGGCUCAUUGGUUGUGUAGGGGGGCGGGUGGGAUCUGUUUUAAAUGUUUAACUUUUCUCCCUCCCCCAAGAAGGAAGUACUGUAAUUUGUAUUGGUUUAUAGUGAAAUGUUUUUUCACCUUGGGUGUUGGCAAGCAUAGGUGGGGUUUGAUACUACCUUUUUCAUAGCCAUCAUUCCCAUGCCUCUAGUGAUCAUUGGAGAAGGAGAUGGCAACCCACUCCAGUGUUCUUGCCUGGAGAAUCCCAGGGAUUGGGGAGCCUGGUGAGCUGCCGUCUGUGGGGUCGCACAGAGUCGGACACGACUGAAGCGACUUAGCAGCAGCAGUGAUCAUUUGGGUAAUACCUGAAUUUUCAGGUGCCUGAAAUACCAUGAUUCAAAAGUUCUGACCUCCAUCAUUUCUCACCUCUAUCCUUUGGUGGACCCAAGCCCAAGAAAACUGCAGCCCUCAGGGUUUUUAACAUAUCUUGUUCUCCCUUCCUCUCUCUAGGCAACCUUGGCCACGUGAUACAAACAAUAUUAAACAUACAUAAUGACUUAUCUUAUUACACAAGAAAAGCAAAUGGCCCAAUAGCAAAUUUGAGAACUCACCUUAGAACUGAGAAUUCUGGGUGCCUGUCAUGUGCUUGCUUCAUAGAAAAAUAACAUAUGCUCCUGCUUCUAAAAUGACUGUUUCCUAUCCAAGAAUAACCCUGUCUGACUGUGAACUCAGUGAUACCAUGGAACUCGGGAGCUCAUUACACUUGGUAUACUGUAUAAAUUAAGUACAAGCAAAUGUAUUUCCUUCUAGACUCUCUUUCCUUCUUUUUUUUUUUUCUUUUUAGCUCUCAAGGGCUGCUGGCAUUCAGGACUUCCAAGCCCUUUAAUCCAAAUAAUCAUAUUUAGUGCAGAUAUCAUGUAUUGUAUGCAGAUAAUCAAAAAGGCAGUUUAUUGAAAUUCAUUACAGAGAAAUCUAAUGGGGCUUUCAGAAUCAUAAUUUUUGUUACUUGUAAAUGUAAUUUGGUGUAUCAUUUUAUUUUAUAUUUUGUUUCCUGCCUUCUUUAUCUCAUCUGUCAAGGUUAUUUUGGUUCUGUUUUUCAGUCGUACCUGAAGGACAUCUUAAAGGAAAUUGGUGUUCAAAAUGUAAAAGGGAUCCACAAAAACACAUGGGAACUGAAGCCAGAAUAUAGACAUUAUCAAGUA